UGACGUGAGGCGGCCUGCUCCUCGUCGGCCCGGGCAGUCUGUUUGUUUGGUCAGUCAGACAACCCACCGCCUGCCAGGGGAUAAGAAUGGAGCGAGCAAGCGUUGGCAACGGAACCAACAACAAACGGGUUUCCAAUACAGACAGAAUUCCCUGCAGGCACUUCAUCCAUGGGACAUGUAGAUUGGGCCAGAGCUGUCACUUCUCUCACCAGUUGCCGGUGUGGAAAUCCUCCCAGAUCUGCAAGUACUUCCAGAAAGGCCGCUGCUGGUUCGGAGACCGCUGCAGGUACCAACACGUCCUCCAGGCCGAUGGUGGCUAUUUGGGCAGCAGACGGGGCUCUGCGCCUGCCCUCGUGCCCCCCUGGGGCGGCAGUGCGUUCCAGAACCGCCGUGGCUCGGAGCCGUCUGUCCAGCAGGCCCACGGGGGUUACGCCGGGAGUCGACGGGGGUCCGAACCUGCCGUUACGAGCCUGGCCAGCCUCCAGAGGAACUUUGAGCGCCUGAGCACAGAGUUUGAGGAGGAUGAGGAAAAUCACGCGGCUACCGAGUUCAGACCGAUGAGGCAGCAAGCGGAACCAGUAACUGCACAUGCAGCACAACAGACUCCAAACACCCCCUCUCUGUGCCGGAUAGGUUCCAUGUCCAGCUCUGCUUCGGCCCCUUGCCUCCAGAUUGGUGCAAUAAAUGUUCUAGAAUGUGCCAGCAAGUUGGGUUCUCAUGAGCGACAUGGUCUACCCAAGGCAUCUUCCAGCCAACAAGAGGCAGCUCAGAGCAGCUCCACAGACUCCCGGGACAUGGCUCGGGGUACUGAUGCGGGGGCGUCUGCCUCGGAUGCCUACGAGAGGAGUAAGGAUGUGAUGUGUGGGAUCUGCAUGGACAAGGUGUAUGAGAAACCAGCCCCGGAGGAUCGCCGCUUCGGAAUCCUGCCCAACUGCAGCCACCCCUUCUGUUUGGGCUGCAUCGUCACCUGGAGGAAAACCAAGGACUUCCAGGACGAGGUCAUCAAGUCGUGCCCUCAGUGCAGAGUGAAGUCCACUUUCUACAUUCCAAACAAAUACUGGGUUAGUGACCCUGCCCAGAAGCACACCCUGGUUGCCAAAUUUAAAGAAAGGACCAGCAAAAUAAAGUGCAAGUUUUACAUGCGGCAUGGAUGCUGUCCCUUCAGAUCGGAGUGCAUCUACCUGCACGAGCUGCCUCAAGGGCACAGGCACCUGAGAAGGAGGCGAUCCGCAGCCUUACCUCGUCGCCGCAGCUCCACAGAAGAGUCUGACAGUGAGGGUUUCCACAUCAUGCAGUAUGCGGUCGCCCUGGCCUUGCUGCACGACGACGAUGAUGUGCUGGACGACCACUUCAGCCACCGCCGCUUCUUCGAGAUCUUCCUGGACGACUCCUACUUGGACUCGGACUGAUCCCCGGGGGGUGACGUCUUGCACGAUGGUUCACCCUGCUGCCCAUCGCAAAGAGGCUUGACUGCCUCAAACCACUGUGCUUGUAGCAGGAACCAGUUUGGUUGUGUGUCCUUGUUUAGGAGUCUUCUAUAGACAUGUUUUAAGUAUGUCAGUAGCUUCUGCAGGGAUCUCAAGUGUUCACUUUCUUAAGCCUUGCUGGUUCCACUUCAUAUUCCAGGACCAUUGCAUUCCCACAGUGGGAAAGCCGUUAUGAAUAGAUUUAAUCUGGGGUAGUUUUGAAUGAACCAUACUCUUGCAAAUUGUAGCCUUGGCUGAUUUCCAUCUUUUAUUUUUGCUCCUACGUUUUGUAAGACGUGGUAACCAAAGUUUCCAAAUUCAGUUUCUUGCCUUCUGUUGGCAUCGUCUCUCCUCCUGUCUUUGUUUCUUUUACUUUGUUAUACUUCAGGGUGUACACUGUGGAUCCAAGCAGAUUUCUUUCCUGGUAUAUAAUUGCCUUCCACAUUCCAGCACAGAGAGCAGUGUUGUACUAGGAAGCUUCAGUAACGUCUGGAGCAUGGUCUACAACGUGUGUUCCAAACGCAAGUCUACAAGCAAAGAAACCGAAGAUGGAGGUAAAUGGACUUCAGACCCUCGGUUAGCACUCCUUGAACAAUCCAUGUUACUGACUUCAGUUUUAAUUGGCAGUAUCCCAUUUGGGGGUGUGUUUAAUUUUUUUGCGAGCACAGUUUGCUGUUGUACAGUUGUGUUGCACCAGCAGGUAAAGUUUGCUUUCUCUGAUCUGCAGCCAUAUAGGCUACUAGCCUCUAUUUGGGUCAUAUGCAAUACAUUCCAGGACAGUUAGUCGUACUAUCCUCCCAUUCAUUUCAACCAGUAUUGUAUAGAAAGUUCAGCUGUUGGGUGUAUUUGUUUUUUCUCUAAGGGCUGGUGAGGGAGUAUAUGCUAAUGCCUUCUACAAUAGGCACACAUGAAGUCACAUCCGCUGCUACACAGCAGCGUGUUCAAGAUUACUGUUGCCAAAUAGUUUUGUCUUGCACUGUUUUAAAUAUCUUUGCAGCCUGGUAACCUGCAUACACUUCUAUAGAAUAUGGAUUUCACACUUCAGAUUCCAGUGCUGACACGAAUAUAAGAAUUAUUAUUAUUAUUUUUUAUAAACCUGGCUGUCUAGUCAUUUUGAGUUUGUAAGAAUACUGGAUCUUUUUGUAACUCUUUCUUUUGGAGGGAGACCUCUUGUAAUGCUGUGAUGAAAUGUUUGGGAGAUGUUGUGUAUUUGUCAAAUGAAUACUGUGGGUGUCUGGCAGAUUUAAAGAAGUAAGCUCUAAUGCAAUGCAUUGACAAUGCCAGCUCUGCCUUGCCCAACAGUACAGCUAGAGAAUGGUCUUGCUGACUUGCCCAAUGCUGGUGGCGUUCCUGUCCAGUGUUCUGACAUUCUUGUGUUUAUACCCCUCUCUCUGUAUUAAGCAGUGUUCUUAAAGCAGGCAUUUUUUAAAAGUAUGUGUCUUAUGUAAAAUCUGUUCAAUGCAGUGCUGUAAUGUCAGGCUUGGUCUACAGACUGAGGGGUAUUGGUGUGUGUGUGUGUAUACUAAAUGCAUUUUAUAUAUUCUUCGCAUGUGAAGAAAGGAAAAAAAAAUUAAAUAAAAGGUGUUUCACAACUUUC